AUGGCGCGUGCGAUGCAGGUGAUCGGCUUCGCUGCAGUGGCGUCGGCGGACAUGGGGCCGUCCGCUCGGCAGCUCCGCGGCUACGCAGCAAACAGCACCUCGCUCGCGUCUGCGUCAGGCUGCAGCAGUUUCUGCUGCUGGAGGCCGGCUGGGGAGUGCAGCGACUGCGGCACGGACUGGAACAACCGCAUGUAUGCCCCCGGUUGCCACGUGGAGUGCUCAGGCCCGAACUGCGGCCCUGGAAAGGCCCACCAGUACUACAACACGCAGUCUGAUUGGGACAGCAGUUGCUCCACUCGGGUGUGCGGCAGUGAGCAGGGAGGCCUCAGCUCUGGACCUUCGUACUAUUGCGGGGGCACCUGGAAUGGGAACAACAACUGGGGCAGCAACUACGAGGGCCCGAUCGUCAACACCGACACUGAGACUUGCAAGCGAUUGUGCGGUAUGAGCGGGAGCAACAAGUGCACGGGUUGGACCGUGACCAACAACAACGAGUGUUACCUGAAGACAAGCGUCGGGGACAUGCAGAGCGAUGCGGGCGUUCAGGGCAGCGGCUACUGCUACCCCAGCUGCGGGGACCAGCAGAACCAGCAGAACAACGAUGGGCACAACUACGAGGGCCCGAUCCAGGUGCAGAACGCAGAGUUCUGCAAGGUGAGGUGCCAGGCUUCCGGGGGCCAAUGCAAGGGCUGGACUGUGACCAACAACGGUGAAUGCUACCUGAAGGAUAACGUUGGGCCCAUGAGGCCUGAUGGGGGAGUGCAGGCCAGCGGCAAUUGCUAG